AUGUUUCUCUCCGACAAGGACCAACCUGGUCCACCUGAGAACUACGGCUCAUUCUUCGACAUCGAUACUGCCCUUCGGGGACAAGAGGAGACAGACGCCGUGUCCGCCCUCUUCUCGAACCGAAAGAUUCUUCAAAACAUGAUCGCUUUCUUUGACUUGGCGGGCAAGAACGAACACACCGAAGCGGUCACAGUGAGGGCGCACAUAGCUCUCCUCGAGCGAUUGCUGGAAUGGAACUAUAUCGUCAAUGGCGAUAAAAUUGGAGAAGGGUUUAGUGAGCUUCACACUGCUGGUGGAUCCCUUUCCCUCUACGAUGCCAGGGUACGGGAAGAUGAUGGUUGGGACAGAUCGUAUCGGCAGACCACACACUUUUCUCGAUUUGUCAAUUGGUCAAGGAAAAAUGCAAAGCUCCUCGACGAAGGCGCCGAAGGCAAGGUUGGAGCUCAAGCAGGGAUUAUCAAGCCAGAUGGGGGUAUUUCUGCUAGUGUUGUCUGCAAAUUUGAUGGUAUCGACAUGCCUACCCUCGUCAACAGCAGCGAGCCUGUCAUGGAGCCAAACGAGUCCUUGACGUCCUUUAGCCGCGUGUCAGCCGGUCUUCGUACCCAGUACAAGCUGGACAACAACCAGGUGCUCUAUCACAUCGUCUGCAUUGUGAUGGAAAUAAAGCCCCCAAUCAUUCCCGAGAUGCACCUUAUCGGCCAGAUUUCAUGCUAUGCUGGAGGCUUACAUGAUGUCUGUGGAACCAGCUAUGGUUAUGCAGGUCAUGGUCCAAAGGUGUAUCGCCUUCUGGUCUUGGACAAUGCCAUCGUCUUUGAAGGCCCCAGUGACGGAGUAGAGGUUUUUAAGAACUUCAACCUGCUGGCAGAAGGGUUGGAAGAUGGCAGUGUCGAAGUUGGAAGGUCCCUCCUUCUCAAAGAUACAGAUAAAAAAGGCAAAAAAGGGCUGGACAAGGAUUUGGUGAAAGACAUUAGGAAGCUGUUUGUCGCUGCAAUCAAGCAGCUCAAGGAAAUUCGUUGCGAUCACCAGCCUUUGAAGCGGCUUCCCAGCCCCGAGGGGCCGACAUGGACAGCCUUGAGGGACAGGGUGAAGACUGCCACAAUCGAAAAUGCCGUGACUCAGCCCGAACCGCUCUUUGAUGCGGCGUGUUUGUCGAAAAAGAAGGUGGCUAAACGCAAAGACAAGGGAAAUCCCGCGUCUGCGGAGGAUGCUGAAAGUGGGCCGAGGGCAGAGGACUCUGGGUUCGUGGCUCCUCCUCCAGAGGGAGCCGAGUCGACUGAAGUGAUUGCGGACGCGCAGCCAGGGACCAACGUCAAUCCCAAAAAGCCGAAACGAAACAAAAAAAAGAAGACCAAGCCGCAAUCUGUGAACAACCCCCCUCCGAAAAACCGGUGCAAUCGUUCGCGUUCCCCUGGCGGCGGUGGGCAGGGCCCCACAAAGCGCCGCUCCACAAUAAACCAGGCCACUCCGGCCGGUCCGUCUGCUACAACCUCGAGUGCUACCAAGGAAGGCGGUCAGCGUGGGCGCGGGGCCAAGACCACGGAUAGGACCGUUGGGCAUAGGGUUGGCAACGUCAGGGAGAGCAAUGGCAAUACAACGGAUGUUUUGAAAGGGCAAGACAGUUUCGAGAGCGCCUCUUCCCAAGAGGAAAUCCAAGCGCCUCAUGCAUCAAUCGUCAUCAAUCCCGAGAUGACCGAUACUUAUGGCAAUGAUGAUGUCGCAACUACAGAAUAUGAUCCCCUGACCGCUUUCAAUCUUCAAAACAUCGAUUCCUACAUGCCUGAAUCAAACGCAAGCGAAAAAGUCCGAUUACUCCAUGAGUCGAUGCUCAUGGACCCUGUAAUGAACGGUGGUCAAACACAUCAUAAUGCCCUUCCUGAGCUUCGAAACAUUGAGGAGGAAGUGCCGAAACAGACUGCAAAUGGCAUCAUGGAAGACGACAUUAUCGACGAGGAAGACAAUGGCAGUCUCGACCGUGCGCCCUCAGCAGUAUAUGAUGACCCCUUGGAAGAGUAUUGGCUUGGUGAUGAUGAGAAACGCCGAGCGUUCAAUGAAAAGAUAAAAUUAGUCGCCGCUCGUUCUGUUCUCAGGCAAGCAAAUACUAUCUUUGCCAUUGCUAGCAAAGAGAUCUUCAACAGGUGCCUUGACGAAGCCAUCAAGUUUGUUCACUUGUAUGUCCAUGCUAUCGGGCUCAGGCUGACUCAGUCGCGCAGUUGA